CGUAACUCCCGUGAUUCUGUUACAGCAAUAAAAUGUCACGUAAAUAGACAUACACAUAUACUUUUUUUAAGGUCUUACAUUUUUUUUUUGUUUCAUAAAAUUCAAAACGGACACAUCCUAUGAGCUUUACUGUGAUUUACCCAACUCAUCACCAAAUAUAAGUCAGAUUGGCAAAUAUGUAGCGUUAAAGUAAAAGCUUAAAGCUGACUUGGCUGUAUUAAAGUCUGUAACGGAUGAUAUAAAUCCUUUUUCACUUUUCCGGUGUACAUGUCACACCGUAAUUUAUUAUUUUACUAUAAAUACAAAGAAAAAAUUAUUGUUAUUGCCAUUUUAAUCAAAUAGGGUUCUAUGAGGCCAAUGGAUAAAUUUCUAUGGGUUUUAUUAAUUAUAGCUAGCAACUAUGUGAUGGCGCAAGAGCCUUCUGUUCUUAAAUUAUCGGCAUCGUGUGGUUAUUUAACACAAAAAAUAUUUUGCUUUGGAGGAGAAGAAAAGAUUUUAUCCAGUACUUCUUUAGACUCAAUGCAUAUGCUUGAUCUUGCGGCGUAUAAUGAGAACAGUACCGACGAGUUCGUAGCUAAAUGGAAACUAGUCGACAUAGAUACAAAAAACCAAACCAUACAGCCAAGGAGGUAUUCUCAAUCCACGCAACUCCCGGACGGAAAAACUUUAUUGAUCGUUGGUGGCGAAGUCCCUGAAAAAUUAUCCGGGAGUCCUCAGGUAUUAUCUUUCAAUGGUGAAACUUUGUCUUGGGACUUUUAUAAAAACUUUGAAGAUCCACCUUAUGGAAAUAGACAAAUUUUUGAUGCAGCAUCAGUUUACGUCCCCGAAUAUGGUUUUGUACUCUAUGGAGGCAUGGAAGGGUAUGGCAAUAAUAAUAACGUUUCCUACCCAGAUUUAAAUGCAACGCUACUUUUAGACUCCAAUGGGUACAAACGACUUAUAGGUUAUACAAAACUAGAAAUGUUAGACAUCAGAAAUACAACAAAUCCUUGGAGAACUCAUAUUUUGGAAAACAAUGCACCAAAUGCUUUUCCUUAUCGUCAAGCAGCGAUUUUUGAUGCUACCCAUAACACAAUUUUUUUCUUUGGAGGCUCACUUCCUAAUUAUUCAAACUCUUAUCAAUAUCCAUUUCCAUUUAAGACAGCUAUAACAUUUAAUUUAACAAGCCUGAGUUGGGGGGAGCAAACUUUAAAGGGGCAGGGUCCGUCUCCACGAUACGGACACUCAGCUACAGUGGUGGGACCCAGUCAAAGACAUGUUCUCAUAUUUGGUGGUCAAAGCAACGACAUAGACAGACCUCUACCAGAUUACUGUUAUACUUUGGAUCUUGACUCUUUUCAAUGGAGUCAGCAAAUAAUUCCAGCUGCAAACGGUGUAGUAUUAGCCAGAACGCGGCAUUCAGCCGUAAUCAUAAAUACCGCAACAGUAUUUAUGGUAUUUGGAAUUGAAAAUGAGCAGAAAUUGGCUGAAAAAGUAGUCAUUCUAAACGUCACUAACCCAUUGAACAUCACUUUACGCAAUACAUUUGAUAAUUUGCUACCGAUAGAACCUACUUCAGAUUCCAAAGGUACAAACGACGCUUAUGAUCCAAAAAAUAGAUUGACUUCUGGUGCUAUUAUAGGCAUGGCUGUCGGUAUCUCAGUUUUCUGUUUAAUUGUUAUUGCCAUCAUAAUUUUUUUGGUCCUCAAAAAAAGGAAGAAUAAGGAAAAGAUAAAAGAAACGGAAAAGGAAAAUGAGUCGUUAAUGGAGGUCGAUUGGGAUAAAGCCGAAAAUAAAUACGUUGAAGAUCCCAAUAUACACCCUUCCAAAGGUCAUUUCAAUUACAAUCCUCAGGCGCCAGAUGCUAUCACAGGAAUUGCACGUUUACAAGAUCUUUCAAAUUCAAAAUUAUCGCCAAAGAGAUUCCAGCGACCUAGCGCUAUCGACCACGUUAUAGUAGAGUCGGCCGAUAAAGGCCAAGUUUUAAAGCCUGAUAUUGAAUGGUUUUCUAGUUUAAAAACAACUGAUGUAUUCGAAUAAAUUAUAUUCUGAAAUACAAAGCUGUUAUAUGAUAUAGUAUACAUACUGGAGAUACAUGAAGGACAUAUACCGGUUGAUAAUAUACUUCAUCCCAGCUUAAUCUCUUAAUAUCAUUAGUCUUUUAUAAAACAUAAAGAGUCUUUCCGGAUAUAAGGUAUUUCAAUAUUGAACUCAAUGGAUAUUUACUAGAUGGAUUUUUAUAAAUUUUUUGAUUACAAACAAAUAUAUGUCGGUUAGACCCAAUUCUGACAGUUUCUGAACAUCAAGAACUUUAUCCGAUACAAGGCCGAGUGGAUAUUUAAUGACUUUUUGAUUUGGUAUUGGUAGGCACAUACCACAAAUUAGCCCGUCUUCUGUUCCCACAAAAUGUGUCCAAGUUGAUUUUUGAUAUCCGAUGAAACCCUGGACUUUCUUGACCAGUUGGCAAAUAUUCGAAGAAGAUCGUAC